UGUCCGAGCGGUGCGCGGCUCCCCGCGGUGCUGGACCAGCUGGCGUUACAGGAGCCCUGAUGUCUUCAUCUGUCUCCCCGCAGUUGUUGAUGGAGUGUCUUUCUCAGAUUUCCAGGCAGGGUCCCAAGAGCAGCACCCAGAGCCAGCUCCCGCUGCCAGGCGGCGCUCCCCGCGGCUCGGGCCGCUCCCGCCGCUGCUGAACGCGGCUCCGGGGCCGGAGCGGGCGCAGACCCCUGCGGAGCCGCGGCCACAGCACCUGCGGCAGCGGCGGGAGUAGCCGCCGGGGCUUCUGCUGGCGGCUGCCCUCUGCCUCCACUUAGACUUGCGACCUUGUCCCUCUUCUCCACGCCUCCUCCUCACGAAGACGGUCCCAGCGGUCGGACCCCGACCUGGCCCAUAUGCAUCACCCGUCCGGCCGCUCGGCGCCCCGGCGUUGAUGUCCGUCUCGGGUCCGACGAGACCAGCUCGGAGGGGCCCGUGUUGGAAGGAGAUCUAAGAUGAAGUUAUGGGAUGUUGUGGCUGUCUGCGUGGUGCUGCUCAACACGGUCUCCACCUCACCCCUGCCCGCCGGUAAGAUGCCUCCCGAGGGGCCCCCUUCAGUGGUAGAGGGGCCUGAAGACGAUCUCUCCCCCAUCAGCCUGCCGCCUCCCUAUGCUGUGCACAGUGACUCUAAUAUGCCAGAGGAUUACCCAGAUCAGUUCGAUGAGGUAGUGGACUUUAUUCAAGCCACUAUUAAGAGACUGAGGAGAUCGCCAGAUAAACAGACUCCAAUUUUUUCUAGGCGGGAGAGGAACCGGCAAAGUGCAGCCACAAACGUAGAGAAUUCCAGCAAAAAGGGAAGGAGGAACCAAAAGGGCAAAAAUCGGGGAUGUGUCUUAACAGAAAUACAUUUAAAUGUGACUGACUUGGAUUUGGGAUAUGAAACCAAAGAAGAGCUCAUCUUCCGGUAUUGCAGUGGAUCUUGUGAUGCAGUUGAGACCACGUAUGACAAAAUUUUGAAAAACUUAACCAGAAAGAAAAAACUAGUCAAUGACAAAGUGAGGCAAGCUUGCUGCAGACCCACAGCCUUUGACGAUGACCUGUCCUUUUUGGAUGAUAACCUGGUUUACCAUAUACUGAAAAAACAUUCCGCAAAAAGGUGUGGAUGUGUCUGACUCUUGUGCGCUGGAGGCGGCUCCAGUUUUGCAUUCCUGCGACGAUGAAAAGAGAGGGACCAAGGUUCCCGGGGAUGUGUCUGCUCAGAACAGAAAAAAAAAAGGACCAAGAAUGCGGAACGAGGAGUGAGGAAGCCUAGGGGUGCAAGAUGGCCUAAGAGACGGAGGUUUUUGAAGUCCUACAGGAAAGUAAAUAAAAGCUGAGGUGGGGAUGCCAGCAGCUGGAUGGCAUACUCCCUCUCCCACUUGACAUGGUCCACCACAAGUGAGACUUGCAUCCAUGAGGAACGUGCUUAAAAACACAGCCCUGCAGUACUGUGUUGCUGUGGGGUUGUCCCCACUUGCACCAGGAAGCUGAGCCUGUGUCCUCAGCUCUACCCAAAGACACGCUGUGCUGUUGGUCACUGAAGAUUGGUUCUUCAGCACUUAAGAGAACUUCUAAAUUGUCAUAAGGUUAAUGUUCUAUGUAAGAUGGUACCAGGCAAAAGUCAAAAUUCCCAGGCUCAAGUUCUGUAGGACCACUGUCAGUACAAAGCAAAUCAGUUCCACUUACUGGUUAAGUUUGGUUAUUUCCAUCUCAUGUUUCUUCAAAAUAAGUGUAGGAUUUCAUUAUUCUGCUACCUAUGAAAACAAAUUGAGUUUUUAAGCACUUCUUCCUAGCAUAGUAAGUGAAAUAAGCCUGGCAUACACAAAUUGUGUUUCUUUUGGUUUACAAAGGACUAAUGUCACUUGCGUAGCUACAUUUAUAUUUGGUCAUUGUGAGUGAGCAGAGACUACUUGAUGCAAUGCAUCCAUUCAGAGACAUAAAUAUACAGAAGAUAUUUAUUAAGAUUAAGUUAUUGUUAUUUAUUACAGUUCAGUAAUGAGUCUUCUUUCCUUAUUUAUUAAAGUUUUUUUUCAAAGGUGCCAAAGUAGAAGGUGCUUGGAAGAUAUGGAGAGACAAAUAAGUUGGGAACAACGGUCCAUGCUGUUGAAGGUGUUAACUUGAAUGCAAAAAAUCACUUACUUUACCUUUUUUGCUUUUAAACAAAACCUGAUUAUGUUCACAAAAUGUAGUGCCGAAGUCUGUAGCCCUUCCUUAUGGUCUGUAAUACUUCUGGAGAUGAUUGUGGUCAUACCUAUGCAGGAGUGAACACAGCUCCACAUGAGUGAGGGUCACAGCACUUGGCUCAGCAUUAGCCAUUUGUUAGACAAACUAAUUCUAGUCAUAUUUAAAAUGUAGCCACAAUUUUUUUUUCUCACACUUUUUGCCAACUGACCUCAUAUAACUAUUGACAAAUGGAAAUUAAUCACAUUUAGCCUUAUAAUUUCUUGUAGUUAUUUAAGCUUUUCCUUCCAUAUUUCCAUGUAGAAAAGGUUAAAUCCCUCUUAUUAGUUAGCCCUGGAUUUAAUGUAGCCUUCAGGUAAACGAUUGUGUUAAAUAACCAAAGAGUUUUGUAUAAUUUGCUGAAAUAUUACAGGAUCAUACCCACACAGCAGAGCAGUCUGAGUUUCCUUACAGCAAGGGAGGCUGUACAGCAAGGGCGUUCUUAACUGCUGCUCUCCUGUUCGGGAGACUAUUUUCCUGAGGGAGCUGCAGUGCAGGUCUCUAGACAUACCUGACAAUUGGUGAAGCAUCAACUCCCACAAAAAAGAAAAAACAACAGAAAGAAAAAAAAUCCCCAUUGAAAGCAGAAGAGACGGUCCAACCUUUUAUCUCACACAUGCAAUAGCUCUCCUCACUUGUUCUGCCCUGGGCCCCUCGGAGCACCACAAAAGAAGGGUCUAGGGGUCAAAAAGGUCCAGAACACACCUAGAAAGUUGUACCGCGUGUAUGAAGCAAAACAGCACCGACCGCUGCUGCUUCCCUGGGCUGAGGUCGGCCAUGCAGAGCCCACCUGUGGGCUUUUGCAAGGCCACGGGGACACCUCGGAGCACCCCAAAAGAAGGGUCUAGCGGUCAGAAAAGUCCAGAACACACCUAGAAAUUUGUACUACGCGUAUAAGAUGUAACUCAGCACCGACUGCCACUGCUUCCUCGGGCUGAGGUUGGCUGCGCAGAGCUCACCUGCGGGCUCUUUUUGCAAGGCCAUGGGGACACCUCACCCUGUGCAGGGCAGGGCACGGCUGAGAUGCCGCCAGAAGCACCUGUGAGCCAAGGGGCGCUCGCUGCUGGCACAGAGCUGGAAGCAGUGCUCGGGGCAUGCACAGCUCCGUUGCUCAGCACUUUUCUGAGCAGCAAAUCACUACGUUCAAAAUACAAAAGGGUAAAGUUUGUGAUUUUUUUUUUUUUUUGUUUUCUUUUUAGACCUUGUUGAAAACAGGAGUGUGCUUCUCUGGAGUUUUUUACUUCACCUGCGAUUUAUGUCUCAGUCAUUUGUGUUAAUCAACCAAAGUUCUCU